AUGGUGGACGUAAAGGUGAAAGUCAAAGAUGGAUGCCGGGGUGGACGUGAGCAGUUUCAAUGGCGGUCCAUCAAAGAACAGGAGUACAAGGAUCGCGAAUCGUAUCUCGGCCAGUCGAUGAAGGUUGGUCAAAUGGGCAAAUUCGGCAAGUACUACAUGCACGAUUGGUAUGCGAGAAAGCGAGACACUACCGCGAGCAUCGCUGAAGAGCGGGGAGCUGUGCAGGCCUACGAAGAGGAGCUGAUGCAAGAGGCAUUGGGCUUAAAACCCAAGAAGCUUCUCCUCGCAAAAAAGCAGAUGAGCGAGGAGGAGCUGAAGGAGUUCCUGAAGUCCAAGAAGGAAGACACAGGUCGGGAGGCCAUGGGCCCACAAAAGAAGGUCAUGCGAAAUGAGCUCGGCGAAGAGGUUGUGACAAGCAACGAAGACAUGCUAGCCGAAGCCGUUCGCGAUGGAACCUUGAAAGGCUUGGGGUUCGCAUCGCACCGUGAUGCCAAGCUGGAAAGAAUAAAAGUACAAGCUCUUGGAACUGAAAGUGAGCUCAAGGGUUUGAAGGAGCUUCCCAAGGAGCCGCUGAAAGGUGAGAUCCUGAAGCUGGAGCUGAAGGCCGAGGCGCAGAGCGGAGCAGAGCAGAGGAGCGCUCGACUCCGGGCGGUGCAAAUUCUCCCACAAUGA